CAAUUUAACUGGUAUGUGUGGUCGAUGAAUCUUUUUCCGGCAGCCGGCGUCCAUUUUCCUUCUCGGCUUAUCCGUAGUUGGCGCGUAUCUUGUUUAUAAAAGCUUGGAUAUUAAAUUAAUAUAAAAAGAUUAUUAAAAAAUAAUGGAAGGUGCUCCGAGUGGUGGUAGGGGCGGAUUUAGGGGUCGUGGAGGUCCUGGUGGUCCGAUGAGAGGACGCGGUGGUUUUGGAGAUAGAGGAAGGGGUGGUCCUCCAAGAGGAGGUAGUAUGAUGCGAGGAGGUCAUGGUAGUGGGCCUGGUGGUGGAAUGAGAGGCGGUCCACCUGGUAUCAGAGGCAGAGGAGGUCCUCCAGGUAGAGGUGGACGUGGCCAUUUUCCGGGUGGUCCUCCAGAACCAGGAAUGGCUGGUGGUCCUGGUGGUGGUCCUCCACCUCCAGGUUUAGGUGGUCCUCCAAGAGGAGGAAGCCGAGGAGGAGGAAGUAGCGGUUUCCGUGGCAGGGGUAGAGGAGAUUUUGGUAGAGGAGAUAGUCGUACUUCAAGUAGUAGUUUCCGUGGACGUGGUGGUAUGGACAGAGGAAGUCGUGGUAGUUCAAGAGGUGGAUCAAGUAGAGGUGGUCUAGGUGGAAGAGGAAGUUUUGGAAAUCGUUCUAGUAGGGGUGGCAGGGGUGCACCAACGAAAAGAGGUGGUGGCCCACCAGGUGCAAGUGGUCCUUCGAAGAGACCAAGAUUUGAUCAACCAUCCUCACAACCAUCUAAUGGUUAUGCAACACAAGCUCCAAAUCAAGGGGGAUAUGGUGCUGCUGGAAAUGCCUAUGGUGGUGGCCAACAACAAGCACCGCAACAGCAACCAGUAGGAGGAUAUGGUGGUGGUUAUGGAUCUCAACAGGGUUAUGCGCAAUCAUAUCAAGGAUACGAAAGCUAUCAACAGCCACCUGAUUAUGCACAAGCUGCGGGUUAUCCACCCUCAGCACCACCUGAUAAUAGGUACGGAGGAGCUCCUGCUGUUCCAUCAACUGGAGGUUUUAAUACUGGAGAUCCUUAUAGUUAUGGCAAAGCUCCGCCCUCAGCUGGCUAUCAGCAAGAGGCAGUAGCAGCUGCAGUAGCAGGAGGUGGGGGUCCAGGUUAUGCUCCUGCUAACCCAUAUGAUGACAGAUCUAAUGCUACCACCAUAAUCAACCGGGGUGGUUAUUCAACACAACCUUAUGAUUAUCCAAAUCAGGAUGGAGUAUAUGGAAAACAAGAUUAUGGUGGCAGUGCUGGUUACCAAAACGCCCAGUCUCAGCGACGAUAUUAAAUAUCAUAUACACAGCUAUUUAAUUAUAACCGUCAAAUUCAUUUUGCAAAUUUGAAACUAUGUUUAACACAAGAAUUAGUUGAUUAUUGAUGACUUAGUAAUCGGAAAUAUACUAGCAUGGAAUUUGACUGCAGUAAAGUGGAUAUACUUUAUUAGGUAUAAGAAUCUUAUCUGCGUUAAAAUGAUGGAAAACAUUUUAAAAUAAGUGUUUUUUCUAAUGGAAAUGAUAAAAAUACGCAAGAGUAAAACAAAAAGUUGUUCAAUUAUAUGAUCUAAAAAUUGAAAUGACAAAGCGUUUUAUACUUGACUAGCAGUAUAUAGUAUCUACUAUGUCAUGUUUCACUUAUACAAUUUUAUAGGAUUAAGUUUAGUUGCUGUACAGUCUUCUUCACUCACGUUGCGUAUUGUAAAAUAAAAUCAGUUGAUAAAAUCAUUGUAAUUGUAAGGAGAA